AUAUGUAGUCUUGACCAGUAAGCAUCAUGAAGGCUUCACAAAUUGGCCAUCAAAAUAUUCAUGGAAUUGGAACGCUAUGGACAUUGGACCUCACAGGGACUUAGUUGGUGAAUUAGCCAAAUCCAUUCGGCAAAAUACUAGCAUCGUAUUUGGAUUGUAUCAUUCUUUGUUUGAAUGGUUUAACCCGUUAUAUAUUGGCGAUAAGGACAGUGGGUUCAAAACAGAUGAAUAUGUUCAGAAAGUAACCUUGCCAGAGUUAUAUGAAAUUAUUAAUAACUACAAACCAGAAGUGGUGUGGUCAGAUGGUGAUUGGGAGGCCAAAUCUACGUACUGGAACAGCACUGGGUUUCUAGCCUGGCUGUACAAUGAAAGUUGCGGUGGUAACUUACUGAUAAAUGUUGGUCCAACUGCUGAUGGACGCAUUUUGCCCGUAUUUGAGGAGCGUCUGCGAGAGCUUGGAGAAUGGAUGAAAGUAAACGGUGAAGGGAUCUAUGCUACCAAACCAUGGAGAGUUCAAAACGACACCUUAGCCCCACAAUUGUGGUACACAAGUACACUUAAAGCUGUGUAUGCAGUUACUCUAGUUUGGCCAAAGAAUGGUGAGCUGACACUUGCAUCACCUAAACCAUCUACUGCCACUACCAUAAAAUUACUUGGAUAUCCUACUCCACUUAAGUGGACAACCAAUUCAAGUGGUCAGAUUGUGGUCACUUUUCCAACCUUUACACCUUUAAACCUACCCUGUGAAUAUGCAUGGGUGUUGAAGAUGACAAAUGUGGAUUAAAGGGGGUGGCACUGGUGUUACACCAGAAACACUACUAUAUUUAGAUACAGUAGGCCUAUAUACAAAUGUUUAUAUUUAUUUUAUGUUACUUGUGUUUAUCCUUAUACUUGUGUUUAUCCUUAUGUAGUUAGUAAUAGUUAUUUAGUUAAAUUUGAUUUAUUUUCAUAAACAAUGUAAAGGAAAUUGAAAACUAAAAAAUACAACAUUACACAAGUAAUCAUUUAUAUAGACAUUAAAUAAUUCUUACAUUUUUGUUAAUACAUAAUGCUUU